GCAAACAGUAUUCACGAGAAUUUCAACGGGAUUUAGCACGAGAAAUACCUUUGGAAAUAUGUCAUAUAAACAAAUAGGCACUAGUCGCAGUUUUUGGCUAUACGUGGCUUUGGUCGCUGCGCUGUUGCAGUGCCAACUGGUUAGCUCUCAAUAUAGUGGAUUUCCGUACUAUGGCGGAGGCGCUACGGCAGGUGCUGGAUAUGGUGGUAUGUAUGGCAAUGGCUAUGGUUAUGGAUAUGGCUAUCCCCCGUACUAUUCGUAUCCCGGCUAUGGAUACACAUAUCCUGGCUACGGUUAUGGAGGUGCAACCGGAGGUGCAGGCGGAGCAUAUGGUUAUCCAAGCUAUGGCUAUCCAAGCUAUAGCUAUGGCGGCUAUCCUUAUACAGGCACGAACACAGCAUUUGCGAGCAGCAGUGGAGGUUUCGCCAGCGCAAGUGCGGGCGCCGGAGGUGGCUAUUAUGGUUAAAAAGGC